CAGGGCCUCUGGCCGGAAGCGGGGCAGGACACUUCCGGUGGUGUAGACCUUAGCGCAGUGGGCGCCCAUGGCGGGGUACUUAAAGCUAGUGCGAGCUUCCUUUCAGCAUCAAAGGUUCCACUCUUCUGCGAGUCACUACAAGGGUCGGACAGGUGCCCAGCACCUGUGGCUGUCGCGGCAUUUAAGGGACUCAUUUGUGAAGGCUGCGAAGGUAGAGAGUUACCGGUGUCGAAGUGCCUUCAAGCUUUUGGAGGUGAAUGAGAAGCACCAGAUUCUGCGGCCUGGCCUUCGGGUGUUAGACUGUGGGGCAGCUCCUGGAGCAUGGAGUCAGGUGGCGGUUCAGCGAGUCAAUUCUGCAGGCACAGAUCCCAGUUCUCCUAUUGGCUUCGUACUUGGAGUAGAUCUUCUUCACAUAUUUCCCCUGGAAGGAGCAACUUUUCUGUGCCCUGCUGAUGUGACUGACCCAAGAACUUUCCAAAGAGUACUUGAACUGCUUCCUGGUGGGAGGGCGGAUGUGAUUCUGAGUGAUAUGGCACCCAAUGCUACGGGGAUCCGAGACCUUGAUCAUGAUAGGCUUAUCAGCCUGUGCCUGUCCCUUCUGGACAUGGCUCCAGACAUCCUGCAUCCAGGGGGAACGUUCCUUUGUAAAACCUGGGCUGGAAGUCAAAGCCAUCUGUUACAGAAGAGAUUGACAGAGGAAUUCCAGAACACAAGAAUUAUAAAACCUGAAGCCAGUAGGAAAGAAUCAUCAGAGGUGUACUUCUUAGCCACACAGUACCACAGAUGGAAGGGCUCUGCGAAGCACUGAGAACUUAGGUGCCAUUUUCCUAAUGGUCAUUAUGUCUUUUUAAUUACACAUGUGGCCUGAGAGUGGCUAGUGGAUCUGAGCCAAAAUUUGGGACAUGUAGUAGAUUGAGUGGGGAGUUGCUUUUUUUUCUUCGAAGCCAAAAAGAGAUGACAAAACAAAAUUCAAGGACCAUGAAAAAACGGUUGGGAGAAAACAACUUUUCUUUAUCAUUUGUGAAGAAAAAGUUAUCAGGAGAGAUAGGUGAAGAUUGAAAGAUAAGGAGAGACUGAGAUGAUCAAAAGAAAGUUGCCCUGGAAGGGAUGGGGCUACCCACAAAUGCCUUUACUUUGUCAUCUUAUAGACUGUUAGGGUAUCACAGAGGAGUAGGCUUUCCACCCUUGCUGUAAGACCACAGUGCACAGGUUUGCAUUUCUUUGUCUGUAUAGUGUAAAGUAGAAAAAUCUGAAAUUUCCAUCUGGGGAUUAGUUUCUGUCUCUCUGGUGAAUAAUCUAGAAAUGUAUCCAUUCUUCAAGUAGCAAGAAUUCCCAGAGCAAUUAGGGAAGAAAUUUAGUAUGAAUUUAUGCAUGGGGUGGGUGUGCUUUGAUUUUUGCUUAGAAUAUAUAUUGCUGUAAUACUUUGAGCUCCCAAGACCAUAAAGAUAAUUAUCAAA